AAUAAAAAAAAAAAAAAAAAAAAAAAAAAAAAAUUCGGUUUUUAAGGAAAAUAAAUUAUUUUCCUGAAGGAUUUCAGAGUGAAAGGAACAGUUUUGCCUCCAAAUAAAAUCGUGAGAUUGUAAAUUUUUCAUUAUACUUUUUAAAAAUCACCGUAAAGGACAAUUUUCUACCAUCACCCAAAAGUGAGGUUAUUUUAUUGUGACGCAUUGACCAAACAAACGCCCGGAAAAUGGAUAAAGUUGAAAAACUCUAUCAAAAUUACGAGAUUUUAAAUGGAGCGGGGAGCAAGAUCCUGGAGCAUGAAGAUCUCUACAUUGAGAUCCUGGAUGCUGUAAAAGGUUCCUCAAAGGAGAAGAUUCUCGCAUCGCAAUUCAUUGGGAAGUUCUUCAAACACUUCCCGUCACUUCAGGAGCUUGCAAUAGAUCGUCAGUUGGACCUCUGUGAGGAUUCAGAUCCCCAAAUUCGGCGGCAAGCUAUUAAGGAUUUGCCGCAACUCUGCAAGGACACAAAGGAGAAUAUCCCAAAGAUCGCCGAUAGUCUUGCGCAACUUCUCUUCCUCGAUGGGACAGAACUUGCCGUGGUUUACUUCUCUCUUCAGACGCUGGCAAAGUAUGAUGCCAAACUAACGUUAACUGGAGUUAUAAGCCAAAUUGUCACGGGAGACGAACAAACCAGAGAGAAAUGCUUCAAGUUUAUCCAGCAAAAGUUCAGAAACUACAGCCCAGAUGUCUACACGAAGGAGAUUGAGGAAUAUCUAACGGCUGAACUGAAGAAGAUUCUUCAGGAUGUGACUUCUGAUGAAUUCCACACCAUCAUGACAAUCUUAGGGAGUACGAAAAUGGGAAAAACCGUUACUGGACAUGCGGAGUUGGUGAAUUUAGCUGUUGAACAAGCCGAAUUGGGAGCUGAAAUUGACCCCGUAACCCUUGAGGAUGAAACCAUUGAGAGAUUCAUCCAAUGUGCUACUCACGCUCUUCCCUAUUUCUCCAGCCAAAUCGAAUCUACGCCAUUCAUCAAGUUUAUCUGCGACAAGCUUCUCCCCAUUAACACAUGGAGCGUAAUUUCAGCAGCUGAAGAUCAAUCUCAAGUUCAUUUGCGGAUUCUCAAAGUCUUCGCUGAGAUGUGCACCCAUUGCGGUGCCCUGGAUGAUGGCCCACAGCGCAUCGAAGCAAUCUUCACUGUUUUGAUGGAAUUUCUUCCACUUCCACCGAUGGACGACACAGAUGUUCUCAGCGUGAGCCCAUCAUUCCAAUUCUCACACGUGGAAUGCCUUCUGUAUGCCCUCCAUAGUCUCGGGAAGCACGGACUGGAAUUCUUCACCUUCAGCGAUGAUCCGGAGAAGUUAAAGGACUUCAGAGCACGCUUGCAAUAUUUAGCCCGUGGAACUCAAGGGUACAUCAAAAGACUACAGGAAUCCAUGAAGGAUAAGAAAGAGGACGACAAUUCUGAGGAGAAAAAGAUAAAGUUGACUGCAUUGAGGACAACUAACAAUAUAAGUGCCCUAAUUAGGGAUCUCUUCCACUCACCACCGAGUUUCAAGACCAAGAUCACGCUGUCGUGGAUUGAGAAAAAGGAGGUAGUUCAAAGGGAGGCAGCAGCAACAAAGCGUCAUGCUCCCAUUACUUUUGACCACAAGUCAGGUGGUGGUGGUGGUGGUAUUGAUAGUAAGAAGCCACGGAAUAAUGCAAAUGGCACGCAGAAGAUGUAUACUCCACCAUCGGGAAAGUAUUCGGGGCGCAUGAGGGGCUACGGUGGACAACGUCAAGGAGGUGGUGGUGGCCCAAUGGGGCGUAGGAUGAAUCGUCCAGGAGGGAAGUGGAAGUAAAAUGAAGAAGAAAAACACCAACAAAAUAAAAACGAAGAAAAAGUGUUGACCGUGGGGGUGGGAAAAUGCCGGAAAGGAAGAAAUAUGUAUUCUGUGCUCAAAACCGGAAGGGAGAACAAUGUCUAAACUGGGUACUUUUUUUUUAAUUCUUCGGGUAAAUCAUUUAGUGGACGAUUGAAGUGUGUUAAGAUCGGUUUGCAGAAUGCCGUAUGUAUUUCAACACAAAAAAAAUGGACAUUCUUAUUAAGCAUUUUUCACAGGAUGAUGUUUUUGUUCUUCAAUGCACUUGGCGGAGCCAGAAUUUGCUGAUUUUUUUCUAGAAUAAGUUUUAACUUAAUGAAUUUUAAUUUUCAGGAAGAAGCGAAGAGCAGCUUUUGUGGAGCUUUGGACGGAAAUUUCUUUUCAUUUUCUCUGUAAAUAAAAGCUUUCUUUUCAGAAUGAACAUUUCCUCUGGGCAAGUUUCCCGCGGGAUGUGAAGCUGAAGGAUUAACAUGUUCCCUUGGAACUUACAUCGUAUAUAUUAAUACUAAUUACUUGUAGUGAUGUUUAUGAAAUUAAUGAUAUAAAAUAACAUUUUUGAAAUUUUCAGACUCGCAAAAAACAGCAAUAAAACCCCCUCCCAACCCUCUGAAAAUGAAAAUCCAAGUAGAAAUGUCACAAAGUUUUUUUUUCUUUGAUGCAGAAAGUAAUUCAGAAAAAAAGAAGUCUUUAAAAAAAAACUUUAAUGUAUUUAAUAAUAUAGUAUAAUAGCUAAAUCAUUACAAUAUUUGAUGUAAAUUACACAUUUUCGCAAAAAAAAAGGUUCUCUCCUUAUAUUCGUUUUAUCGUUCUCAUUCUAAUAAAAAAAUAAAACUUACUACAAUAAAAACCAUGAUACGAAAAGAA